AUGCUUUCCGUAGCUACUGGGGCUGUGGCAGCAGCGGGCUCCAGAGCAUGUGUCCGCAGCAAGACCCACACCAUUCAAGCAAGACACCACCAAACAAGCAAGGCACUGCCACACCACCGACACUCCUCCGACCCGAUCCCUCGCAGCAUCCCCAGGGUCAGCGUCGCCGCAGCUCCCGCGCACCGCGACACCACGCCCGCAGCGGCCAGGGCUGCGGCCCGUCACGACCUCCGAGAAGUUGUCGCCCCGGAGGGGACCUCGGGCUUCGGAGGAGGAGGAGGAUCGGCGCAUCUUUGUAAGGGAAGGGCACUGCAGGGAGUCCGCGCAGACCCCACAGCCGCCCCGCGCCGCGCCCCGCCCCCGGCAAGCGGAGCGCAGAGCAGCCGCGCUCGGUGUGGGGAGGCAGGCGGCGCCAGCGCGCGUCUCAGCCGCCCCCAGAGCCCGCGCGCCCGUGCGCGGGGAGCGAGUGCGGGCGGGCGAGCGCGCGUCGGGCGGCGGCCGCAACAGGCGGGCCAGAUGCCCCAGGGCGCGGCGGCGCUGCCUGCCUGCCGCUGCCGCCCCUGCGGGCCCGGGGCGCAUCUCCUUGGGCGGCGCUGCCCGCGGCUCUGCGUGUGCAGCAAGCGAGUGAAGGUUUGUGUGCUAGAGAGGCAAAUAUUUGAUUUCCUUGGAUAUCAGUGGGCACCUAUCCUGGCAAAUUUUGUACAUAUUAUCAUCGUCAUCCUUGGUUUGUUUGGAACUAUUCAAUACAGACCUCGUUACAUAACAGGAUAUGCUGUCUGGCUAGUCCUCUGGGUGACCUGGAAUGUGUUUGUUAUCUGCUUCUAUUUGGAGGCUGGAGAUCUCUCAAAGCUGGCGGGCUUCAUCUACGCCUGUUAUGUUGUGAGAUGCAUAACUGAAGAAGAGGACAGCUUUGAUUUCAUAGGUGGCUUUGAUUCUUAUGGAUAUCAAGGGCCCCAGAAGACAUCCCACUUACAACUACAACCAAUGUACAUGUCAAAAUAACACAGAUGGCUUCUGUCUGUCAGCCCACGGACUCCUCAAAUGACUUGUGCAGUAGCCUCUUGCCUUUUACGAAGCUCAAGAAGCAAAAGGAUUUAAAUACACAUUCAUGUCAUCAGACCAAACAGGAAGUUUCUACAUAGACACAUGAGUGAAAACACACACACAAACACACACACACACACACACACACACACACACACUGUCAUUAUCAUGCACACGUCAACUACACAGGACCUCCUCUUUCUGACUGAAACUGAUAAAUAUUCUGGACAUGCCAAUCCUGGAUUUCCUUAACACAGGCUCCCUUCUCCCAGGCCUUUGAAGGUGAGAAAGGAGCUGUGUGGGUGUUCUCUGCAGGGCCCUACUUAACCCUCUGCAGCCCAGCCAGUUGGUUCUGUGAGGUGCCAAGUUAACCCAGGCACACAAGCUUGGAACCCUGUUCUCUGCACUCCAUACUAUACAUCUUGAUUGCACCACAGCUACUUUAAUUGCAAAAACCAGUCAGACAGAACACGCCGUGAUGACCUUGUACCAAAUGCAAAAUGGCAGGUCGUUUGCCCUAAAGGCUACACCGUACAUAUUUGCCUUAAACCACCUGUGUUGUGUGCCCGAGACUCUCAGUGCAGACGUCCCCCAGUCACUUCCUUUAGGCGAACACACUGCUAUUAAUUCUGGACAAUUUUGGCUCUGUCUCACAUCAAGGAAUAAGACUGAACCACUCAGCAGCUCCAGUGUGUCAGUAAGAAAAUGGUGUUUUACCACUAAGCCACUUCAGUGGUCACAGAGAGACAACCAACCAACAGGAACAAUAACUGUCAUCUUCAUGUCUCUCAAACACGGUCUUCAGAUGGUGGAACAAAGUAAAACGUAUUAAUCUACUAAGCUCAUUAAUCUACUGAAAGCAGAAAUGGCUUACGUGGUUGGUUUUUCUUUCUUGCACUUUCAGUGCUUUUCUAAGUCUCUCCAAGUGGCUUUUCCUAACACGGGGAAGAGUUGUGGAUUUCUAGGACAGAGGCCAACUAACUAUGUAUUAGCUAUGUUUACUCUUUUAUAUCUAAUUCGAAUCCAAGACCCAAUGUAGGUGAAUUUUCUUUUCUAACUUCAGCGUAUGAGAUUAUUUUCGGGGCGGGUAGGUGGGAAACAAUAGUUAACUUAGUGAAAUCUUUGAGAUCUCUUUGUGGUAUUUGGGGGAUCUGUUGUGUGUUAGACUGUAUUCCAAUUCCCUGUAUUAGUGUGGCGGAAAAACAAAAACCUGUGCUGUUGACGUAGUUGGCAAUGAGAUACCUUUGGACACAAUAGUAGGUCAAUGUGUAUAUGGGAUAUUCUGAACUCCUAGGCAAUUUAUUUCGAUAUUUUCAAGUACUCUUUGGUUUUUACUCGUGGAAGACAUAAUUAGCUCAAGCUUAUCAGUAACACAGAUGAGUCAUGUUUUUCUUGGAUCUACUUGAGACACGAAAAUCAAGUUUUCUUUAGCACAUCACCUUCAUGUGCGGUGAAAUUCAGACUGGGACAUUAGACAUGGACAACUCUUUUUUUUUUGGUACCUACGGCUUCAUUUACUGGGUUAACCCUUUUUCCAUUAACCCAUUCGGAUCUCCAUUAAGACAAGCUAGUUGCUGUCUUUGCAAAGAUGUUUGCAACACAAGCCCAUUUAAAAUCAACGAAGGAGCUAAAAAUGACCAUUGGAACAUAAACCACAUGUGCAAAAAGAUUUCAACACUUACACCAGUGGUUCGUAUAUGUUGGUCCAUACUUACAUGUAUGAAAUGGACAGUUGCAAACAUGUCAGUGAAACCUCAUGUGGUGUUAUUUUUUAUAGUGAUAUGCAUGUUUAAUGUUUGAGGAACUAGUCACCAAUGUACUGUCCUUUACUCCUAACAUAUAAAUACUAUACAUGCCAGAAACUAUUCUAAUGUGACUAUUGAACUGAGGUUUCACUGUGUUGCUGCUGGGAUGGGAUUCUACCUUGCGGUACAUGCGUAGGGAGGGUGUAAAAUAAGCCGUCAUGUUUCUUUUUAAGUUGCAGCCGACUCUCCACCAAGUCACUAUUAUCAUCACCACCAAAUUUUUCAGAAACAGUUGUUGACUACUCAGAAGUAGUCAGUGGGCAGACCUCUUCGGGAGCAGUAAGCACAGUAGUGUGAUUCGAGCUGGGAAACAUCAAAGCUAUACAGCUGUAUCCUCCUCAAAACCUGGUGAAGAAUGCUAUUUUUCUAGGCUGAGCUUUUGUUAUAAACCUAAUAUUCUGAAAGCAAGGGUUAACUAUCCUAAUCUGUCUUCUUCUUUUUCUCCUCCUGCAUUUGUUAAUUCUGAAUGUAUUUUUAACAGAGUGAUUUUUUUGACUUUACUAGUGUAAUUUGCAUUUUAAAAAUAAAUGGAAAAAUGAA